AUGGAGUUGUACACGGUAGCGUUCCUACUGUCUUUUCUGGGUUCAUGCUUUAUUCAAGGGCAGACGAUAAACAUUUGCCCGCCAUCCUUCACUAGACUUCUAAAAGCACAUUCAAUAAAUGGAGAGCUGGUAAGCAGCAGGAACACUCUGCAAGAAUGUCUAGAUUACUGUGAAGUAGACGCCAAAUGUCUGGCUGUUGAUUUCAACCCUCGAGGAACUGAUCGUUGCUGGGUGCAUUUUGACGAAAGUUAUUCUAAAAAGGAUAAUCUCUACGAUAACGAUCCAGAUCCUUCUCAGUACAUAAUAAACAGGACUUGUUCCGAACAAAUAUCUAUGAGCAACUCAGAAUGUCCAUCAAAGUGGACAAAGUACCCUGGCAAGACCUCUCCCUCUCCCGCCUACAGCGAGCUGGAACUCUACAGCAUCUACUCUUGCUUCAUCUACUGCAGAUCAGUUUCAAAUUGCUACGGCGUCGUCUACGAUGAGUCCUUGUGGCCGCCGUGUCGCAUGUUCACGCGCGCCAUCGAUCUACAGCCUGGGAAUCUAAUCAGCCGUCCGUCUGCUAUCGUCAUUGCGAUUGAUGAUAGAGACUACUGUUUGGUAACCGAAUUGGACACGGAAAGAGGCUAUGGGCGGUGCACUGGUCAGAAAUUUCCCCCGCCAUCGCAGUGGUGUCCAUCGGGAACUUUACUCCACAUCAAAUCAAAAUCUUACGGCGUUCAACCUUUUUGCUGUCCGGGCUCCUACAACUCUGAACUUUUCCCCAUCUACAACCCCCAGCUAUCCCUUAUCAACAUAAAAGUAGUAGAUCCACUUUACGACUUUGAUAUUUACAAUUGCCUUAUUGACCAGAGUUGUGAAUUGGUAGCUAAAAAUUUUUCUAGUCCCUUCAUUAACGAACCGCUCUGCCAGGGUAGAGAGAAUGUGUCGUUUUAUAUGCAGAUAGCGUUCGAAUGUUCGAAACCAGUUUUAAUACCUAUUGGCAAUGGAGAUUCUACUAACGCUGCGCCUUCGGAAAACAAAGCGGCUCUGGUCUUAGGAGCCAUUGGUACAGCAUUCGCCAUCUUCUUCCUCCUGUUACUCAUUGCCUUUUUGCUCUACUACUUCGUCGUUCUCAGAAAAAAGUCGGGCGGAAAUUAUGCGAGCGGCUCAGUAAGAAGCGCCUAUGAGCCGCCGACAUCAUCAAACGGUGGCUACAAACGCGAACACAACGACGACGAUGGUUCGGUGAGAAAUUCAGCUUACAAUUUCGAUCCAAGCGGCAAAGAUGUCAUGGAAAUGGGAGAUGGUACAGAAACUGUUAGAUCGUUGUAG